GACAUCGACACAGUUCUCUUUUCCCGCGGAAUCGAGUUGGAAAUAUGGAAGUGCUGACUGACGGCGAUAAAGAAGGCUUUUCGGACACCGCUCUCUACCAUGUCUUGUCAAAGGAAAAGAAGUUGAAGCGAAGGCUUCCAUGGUACUAUGCACCCUCCUUUCUCCUUCUGUGGGUGGCGCUAUUCUACGCCAUCGUACUUCCGCUCUUCUACCGGCUUCCAGAUCGAGUAACCAUGGCCGACGAGCCACUUAAACCCGGCCAAUUUGUGGGCGAGAGAGCGCAGAAAAUACUCUACGAACUGGAUCGUAUCGGACCCAAAGUGGUUGGGAGCACAGCGAACGAGGUGACGACGGUUGCAUUUCUCUUAAACGAGGUGGAAAAGAUUAGGAGCGAAAUGCGCGGAGACCUCUUUCACUUGGAGGUGGACGUCCAGCAGCCGACGGGUUCCUAUGUGGUGGGAACCAUGACCAGCAUUUAUCAGGGCAUUCAGAAUGUGGUCGUCAAGUUGAGCACUGCGAGUUCGAAUAGCUCAUCCUAUCUCCUAAUCAACAGUCACUUCGACACGAAGCCAGGUAGUCCAGGCGCUGGAGAUGAUGGCACAAUGGUUGUAGUUAUGCUGGAGGUUCUGCGUCAAAUGUCCAUUUCCGAGAGCGAGUUUAUGCAUCCAAUAGUCUUUUUGUUCAAUGGCGCCGAGGAGAAUCCUCUACAGGCCUCCCAUGGCUUCAUCACCCAGCAUAAGUGGGCACCGAAUUGCAAGGCAGUUAUCAAUUUGGAAGUUGGUGGUAACGGCGGUCGAGAUAUCCUAUUCCAGAGCGGCCCAAAUAAUCCCUGGCUAGUGAAGUAUUAUAAACAGCAUUCGAAACAUCCGUUUGCCUCCACAUUGGCUGAAGAAAUCUUUCAGUUCGGGAUACUGCCAUCUGAUACAGAUUUUCGAAUAUUUCGAGAUUACGGAAAUAUUCCCGGACUUGAUAUAGCGCAGUUUAGCAACGGAUACGUUUAUCAUACGGCUUUCGAUAGCUUCGACGUUGUUCCAGGACGUGCGGUUCAGAAUACUGGAGAAAACAUUCUAUCUCUCGUUCGAGCUCUAUCCAAUGCCAGUGAAUUAUAUAACACGAAUGAGCACAGUGCAGGACAUGCUGUCUUCUUUGAUUUCCUGGGACUCUUCUUUGUGACCUAUACAGAAAACACUGGCAUAAUCCUAAACUAUUGCUUUGCUGUAGCAAGUGUUUUUCUCGUUGGCUUUUCCCUGUGGAGGAUGUCCUGUGUAUCGGAGGUUUCAGCAGGAAGGAUUUCGAUUCUGUUUGCCAGUCAUUUGGGAUUGCAUCUGGCGGGCUGUCUUCUGUGCAUUGGCUUACCCUUAGUAAUGUCGAUUUUAUACGAUGUCAGCGAUCGAACAAUGACUUAUUAUAGUAACAACUGGUUGGUGAUUGGUCUUUACAUAUGUCCUGCGAUCAUUGGAUUGGUACUGCCCUCCACACUUUACCACUCAUUCAAGUCAGAUGAUAAAAUAAGCCAUCCGUACCAGAUGUACGUGGGUUUACAUGCCCAUUGCGUAGUCCUGUCUAUUCUGACCAUUGCUCUGACUGCCAUUGGUCUGCGGAUUCCUUAUAUGUGUAUGAUUUCUUUGUUUCUCUAUAUCCUCUCUCUACUAAUCAAUUUAUUAACAACCCUACAUGAUCGUGGAUACUACUGGGUAUUAACCGUGCAAAUCAGUCAGCUCUUUCAAUACGUGUACUUUUGCUACCUUUUCUACAUAUUUCUGGUGAUAUUCUUUCCGGCGAUGGGUCGAAAUCGGGACUCUGCUAAUCCCGACAUGUUGAUUGCCCUGAUCUGUGCUGUGGGCACUUUCUUCGCCCUGGGCUUUGUGGUUCCUCUGAUAAACAUGUUCCGAUGGUCCACCUAUUUAUUGAUUUGCCUUGGCGUGGUGACCUUUAUAUUAAGCAUGAUCUCGAUUACGGGAGUGGGUUUCCCCUAUCGACCCAAGACCAGUGUGAUGCGUGUAAAUUUUCUGCAAACACGUCGAAUGUUCUACGAAUACGAUGGUAGCCUAAGCGUCAACGAUUCGGGCUACUACUUUGACUACCAGGACAGACGAGCUCUCCGUCCGCUCAAGGAUUACGCCGUAAACCUGACCGGACUAACAUCAGUGGAUGGAUACUGCGAUAGGUACGUUAUGUGUGGAAUACCUUGCUUUUGGAGCAGCUGGUGUAGGGGGAUCUCCAGUGCUGCUUGGCUACCUCGCGAUGAGGAGGUGACAGUGCCGGGAAACCUGGAACUGAACUUUCUUAAUAAAACACUCUCGAAAUCGGGAAGUUCUGCAAGAUUCGAGUUUGAAUUGGCUGGUCCACCGCACAUGGGCCUGUAUAUAAGACCGCUGGAUGGAGUAGCUGUGGAGGAUUGGUCCUUUAUACGAACGAUGCUGGACCAGCCAGAAAAAUACUCACCGCCCUAUCAAAUAUACUUCUCUUACGGCGUGGAUAGCUCCCCAUUCAAAUUCCACAUCGAGUUCGUGAAAUCCGAUGGACAAUUGGAUGGACCGAUUUUCGAACUGGGCGUUGUUGGACAUUACGUAAACCAGGAUUUCGAGAGGGAUGAGACAACCCUUCGGUUCAUAGCUGAUUUGCCGGACUUUGUUUAUACCAUGGAAUGGCCAUCUCUGUUUAUGCGUUACAUCUUCUAGGAACCACUUCCUGUGGAUCAUUCAGUUUGCAUCCAUUAUAUUCGCGGAAUUCCAAGUGCUUUGAUAGUGCACUCGAUAAGCCAGCGGCUGAUAGAAAAAUAAAUAUUAAUCUCUG